CCCGUUUCUCUGGCCAGCACUUCACUCACCACCGCCGCCACCACCACCUUCACAAAUACCGAAAUGCCAGGCAUGUCUAACACUUUGGUACUAGGCUCGUCGCUGUGGCUCAUUCCUCCCGCCGGCUCGGCUAUCGACGCUACGCUAUCGAAGCUGAUCCACAAGACCAUUCCACCCCACUUCGCGCCCGACGAGACCGUUCCCUCGUUCAUUCCGCACGUGACGCUCACGAGCCGUCUGCCGAAAGAAUUCGCCAACCCUCAAUCGGUGCUCAAUGACCUCGAAAUCGAGGACAUUCCUGAAGUCGUCUUCAAGGAGCUCAAUGUUGGCGAUACUUUCUUCACACGCAUCACCCUCCACGCAGAGAAAACUCCAGCACUCGUCGGCCUCGCCAGACAAUGCCGGCACAAGUUUGCAGAAGGCAAUGUCAAUGAAGCCGACGCCACGCUAUGGGCUACUGUCGUGUUUACGCCACACUUGAGCCUGGUUUACUCGUCGAUGCCGGCGGAGAAAGUGAAGGCGGAAGUACUACACAAAGUGACGGAGGAUGUUGAUGACGCGGGGGUGGUUGCGGGACCAGCCGCUGUACACUCUGCAAUGGGAGGCUGGAAGGGUGGUCGAGUGGUCCUAGUUCAGACCUGGAAAGACCUCGACCAAUGGAAAGUGAUUGCGGAGAGGGUUUUGUGAGCAGGCUGAAAGCCUAGGAUGGAUUUCGUUGAGCGAGCGAGCACAAUUCCUAGAAUUGAAACAUUGUGCGCGGUUCGGUUUUCCUCCGAGAAACAUAUCAUGAGGCUCUAUUUUGUUGUUUCCUCUCUUGGUCCGUACUGGUAAUGGCCUAGGAAGCUCCCAAAGCCGUG